GAACCUUUUCUGCAACGGUGAAAGCAGCGAGCUCGACAAGCAGCACAGCAACUAGCUGCAAUGGCUCAGUCAGGUCUUUCAUACGUGAUCGGAGUGGACGUGGGAGGCACAAACACAGACGCAGUCGUCCUCUGUGACAAGAACGUGGUGGGUGCGGCCAAGCGGCCCACAGAGGAGGACAAGACGAGCGGCAUUGUCAACGCCAUCCGCGCUGCUCUAGGCGAAGGUCUGGUGGACGGGCUGACGAGGGAGACGGUCGUGGAAAACGUUUCCCGCGUCUGCAUCGGAACCACUCACUUCGUGAACGCGGUCGUAGCUCGGGAUCGGUCGCGCCUGGCCCCCGUCGCGGUCGUCCGUCUCUGCGGGAGCGCGUCCCGUUCCCUCGCUCCCUUCUGCGACUUUCCCGGCGACCUCCGCGAUAUUCUGUGCGGCGGAGUCCACAUGGUGGCCGGUGGGUUCGAGUACGACCUCCGCUCCAUCGCGGAGCUGGACGAGGGCGAGCUCCGGAGAGUCGCGAGGCUCAUCUCCCAGCGUCAGCCGCCGGUCUGGAACGUCGCUGUGUGCGGAGUGUUCUCUCCGCACGACGACCCGGCCAGCAACAACCAGGAACGGCGAGCUGCCGAGAUCAUACAGUCAGAGUGUCCCGGCAUCACCUGCACCCUGUCUCACAAGAUUGGUCUCCUCGGUCUACUGGAGAGGGAGAACGCAGCCAUCCUCAACGAGGCUCUGAAGCCACUGGCACAGCUGACCAUCCAGGCCUUCCGCACUGCACUGGACGAUCUGGGCCUCAAGUGUCCCUUCUACCUCACCCAGAACGACGGAACACUCAUCAGUGCAGAGGAGGCGGUUCGUUUCCCAGUCUUCACGUUCUCCUCUGGUCCCACAAACAGCAUGCGUGGAGCGGCCUACCUCUCUGGUCUCGGCGACGCCAUCGUUGUAGACAUCGGAGGUACCACGACCGACAUUGGUGUCCUCAAGAACGGGUUUCCUCGCGAGGCCUCCUCUCAGCGUAAGGUGGGUGGGGUAAGGACCAACUUCUCCAUGCCGGAUGUCCUCAGUUUGGAGUUAGGAGGAGGCUCCACUUGCCUCUGGGACAGCACCUCUAAAAAGCUGACUCUAGGCCACAGUGUGGGUCACAAGCUCAUGUCGGAGGCACUGUGCUUCGGUGGGACGUACCUGCACUGCAACCGACGUGGCUGUGGCGGCUGGGGUAGCCCCUGGUAAUAUCUGCCAGGUCCCAGCCUCCGUAUUGGACUCUCUCAGCCCCAUGUUGGUGUACAGAGCCGUGGGCCACAUACGGGAGAUGAUAGAGCGUGGCAUCGACUGUGUGAAGACGGAGAAGACGGGUGUUCCAGUGGUGCUGGUGGGUGGGGGGAGUUGCCUGGUGGACAGGUCUGUGGGUCUCCACGGUGCUACCUCUCUCAUCACCCCUGACAACCACUGGGACGUGGCCAAUGCUAUUGGAGCUGCACUGGGCACAGUAGGAGCUACAGUGGACACCAUAGAGUCUCUGGACCUGGGGGGCAGAGGAGGAGAGAGCGAGGAGGAGACGAUGAAGAGAGCUAGACUGAGUCUCCUCGAGCGGACGAGAGAGAGGGCAAUCUGUGAGGCCGUCAAAAGGGGGGCGGUUCGUUCGGAGGUGUACAUCCACAGCGAAGACGUGGUGGACGUCGCGUACGUGGCGAACAAGGUGCGAGUCCGUGUCAAGGCAAUCGGUCCGUUACGUGAGGCCUCAGAGAGGGAGACAGUGGCAGUGGAGGAUAAUCCUCACUGGCCGUUUGCCUCUGAGGAGGACAGGGAGAAAGACGUGGCUGCUGGGCUGCCGAGUCCAAAAGUGGAAGGAGGGAGGUGGUCGCUGAGUGCGGAGGACGUGGAGUGUGUGGCGGUGGGGGCGGGUCUCUUGGGGUGUGGCGGGGGAGGAGAUCCCAAUGUCGGCCGCCUCAUGGCCCUCCAGCAGCUGGCUCACGGGAGGAGCAUCACCGUCAUCAACCCUCUCAGGUUGAAGGCCUCUGAAGUAGGUCUGGUCACGUGUGGUGCCUUCAUGGGUGCCCCUAUGAUAAUCUCAGAGAAGAUGGUGUCCGGGAAGGAGACUCGACUGGCCGUUCAGGCACUCCAGCGUUUGCUCGCCAGUGGUGUGUACGACACGGCCGCGGGGGAGAGGGGGUGGGAGGAAGGAGGGAAGAGGGGCAACGAGAGAGUGAGGGUGAGGGAGAGGAAUAUCGGAGGAGGGAAGAAGGUGUGGAUUGCCGAGCCUGAUGAUCUAGAAAAAAUCAACGUCUCAGAUCCAGAGAAAAUCGAUCAGACACGACGGAUCACUCACCUCUUCAGCGCUGAGAUUGGAGGGGCAAACUCGUUUGCGCCUCUGGUCCUCGGGGCCGAGCUGGGUCUCCCCGUGCUGGAUGCGGACGGGAUGGGCCGAGCAUUCCCCGAGCUCCAGAUGUUCAGUCCUCUCAUCUACGGCUGUCGGCCGUACCCCAGCACCGUGGCCGACAACAAGGGAGAGGUCAUCGCCUGCACGUACGUGGCCGGUGGCAAGGACCUGGAGGACUUCUUCAGAGUGGAGUGUGUGCGCAUGGGGAUGUCCUGUGGAAUAUCUCUGGGUGUCCUGACUCUUGAGGAGGUGCUGAACAAGGCCAUCCCACUGACGAUGAGCAUGGCGUGGCAGCUGGGUCGUGCUGUGAGACGCGCCCAGAGAUGUCACACCAGUGUCCUGGAGGCCAUCUCCGCCCAACAGAAUGGAACUGUACUUGUGGUUGGCAAGGUCUGUCAGAGUUUACUUACACUUCACUCACUGUGUGAAACUGUAUCGUUUAUCUUCUCGUCUUAUUUGCCAGCAAAGUGAGCUCAUCUAGUCGUCCGAAUUACGUGGGCUUUUAUAGUAACGACUGACCCUGCGUCACGACAAUGCUCAUGCACCAAUAGUCACGUAUAAAGGCAUCCGAGAAUUCGGAACCACUAUUGAAGUUGCUACGUUGUUUCUCUUGUCUCUGUGUCAUGUGAAGGUGACAGACGUGGUCCACGUGACUCAGGGAGGGUUUGGUAGACUUGAGGCCGUGGUGGAAGGUCUGGACAUUUACAGAGGUCACAAGGUCAAAGUAUCGGCAAAGAACGAGAACUUCAUCGUCCGCUACGUGGAAGAGGAGGCAGAGGGAGAGGGUGCUGUGAUGGCCUGUACACCUGAUCUCAUCUGUUUGGUCGAUUCUGACACAGGUUUCCCUAUCACGACUGAGGCUGUCCGCUACGGGCUGCGAGUGGGGGUUCUAGCCCUCCCCGCCAGUCCUCGUAUGCUGACCCCCCGAGCCAUGGAGGUGGUGGGACCAGCCGCCUUUGGUCUGACGGAUGUGUCCUAUCAUCCUCCCCGGUCACUACUGCAGAUCGGGAAGACUCUGUUGGCUGAUGAGUAACAUAUUGGAAUCAAUCUCUAUUCAGUUGUAGGAUCAAGCGGUUGACAUUAUCACAAACUGUAAAAAAAAACUUGAGCUGUGUUAUAAAUAAUGUGUGACGUGAACUGAAGAUUUUUGGUGACUAUUAUAAUUACAGACUAUGGCUCAGUGGGUUGUAGGGUUGUAAGAGGUUGAGGGAGGCAAAAGUUGUAGAACGAUGCAGUCUGGAAGAUCUCCAGUCCGUGCCAGCGCAUGCCUCUGUCACUAAGCAAGACUGCGUCUUCACAGGAAGUUCCGCUGACUGUGUCGCCUUUGCUACUGUUUCCACCAGUUGUGUAGUGAGGAUCAGCUAUCAGGAAUCUUGUAGCACUUGGUUCGUUCAGGUCCACUAAGACACCAGCGAGAGUCUUUGAUGAGCCGUCCACAUCUCCACCUGUUACAACAAGACAUUCCCACACACACUCUCUAUCACGUAGCCACAGUAUAGGCCUACAGCUAAAAGGCUCUCUAAGCAAA